GGACAACGUUCAUCAACUGUCAAAGUUAUAUUGCCAUAUCGUUUCUAUUGUUCCGGAUUGUCAUGGUUCAGUUUGCUUGUUCCGUUUUGAUCGCAUCAGUUAUUUAUCGUCGUAAUGUCUUUCGUCCGUCGGAAUAUGUCUCAAAUACCAGCGCUCCGUCCGUCUCAGGGUGACCGUGGAUCAGUCGACGGAUCAAGCAUGUCUACCACUCCUGUCCUUGGACGGCGACAUCGGUCGGAGGAACAGCGAACCUUGUUUCCAACGAUGACCGGAGAUAUUGAGACAGUUGGAUUUGAGCGAAUCGGAACGACCCAUGCUUCAUGGACGCAGUUAAUAUUUUCCAUGGUCCUUACUAUGACAGGGUUCAUAUUCGCCUAUCAUGGCUGCUACAGUGGAAAUGAAUGUCCAGGAUAUUACAUAAUUUUAUAUGUGAGGGCUCUAUUCUGGGUUACAACAUACUUCAUCCAUCUCUAUAUGAAGUGUAAACACAAUCGAUUGAAGCUAUUAGGAUAUCAUAAAUUUCUCCGGAUCACUCAUAGGCAAAAGAAGGCACCUCUACAACUAGUAUCGCUCUCCAAUCUGUUGAUAUUGGCCAUCCAUACAAUUGUUAUGGAUGUGUAUGGAGCUAAUUUCAUCAACGACUGUUACAUUAAAGGUUUAUCGUUGACGUUUUUCCUUAGUGUAUGGUGUCUAGUGGAAUGCAUGAUUUUGACUUACAUACACGUUACUUAUUUCGUCAAAGUACGAGUAUUCAACACGUUGCGAAGCCCGCCGGAUGCACUGGCUUGUAGUUCAUCAUCGGAAGUACGCCGUAAUGCUAACCAUAGAGUGUCAGCCGAAGAACUGAUCAACCAACAGUUUUUGAUGAUCGUCAAGAUGAUGGACGAUAAUCGGCAUUUGCAGGACAAAAUUCGCGAGGUACGUGCUGCAGCUCAUCUCAUAAACAGCGAAUCGACGCAUCUCUCGCUGGCGGAACAAUCUAUGAUAGGUUUUUGAAGAUUUGUUUGUUAAAGUCUGUUAUUUGAUUUUGAAUAAAAUUGUGGGCUUUCUUUUCGUUCAGUGUUGAAAAACA